CCGUAGAAUCUCUCUCACUCCUCAAGAAUCAGACCCAACGACUUCAUUCUUUCAAAAUAAGUAGGGCUUGAUGAGCUGCAUCGAAUGACUCAAGAACGAACUUUCUAAUAGUUCUAUUUUUCGAGAAAACUUGAAAAUACUAGGUCAAAAACGUCAUUGCGUUACGUUUGGACAAGCUGUUUACUCUACAAGACUCACUGUUUGAAAAGUUUAUCAAAGUACUGAAUGGAAGAGAAACAAGUUUCGAAAGUAAACAAAUAGCUUUUUUGCAGCGUAAAGUAACAGGCUUUAAAAAAUUCGUACCUCCUCUACAGAAGGCCUUGGAGAGCUGGGAAUGGUCUUAUUUUGUAGAGGACACUUUACUCUAUAAUGCACAAUAUUUAACUGAAAAAUAAAAAAAUUUCUAAAAAAAGAUCUAAAAAAAAGAGACAUUACCUUUAAUUUUCCCUGGCGGUGUACAUUAGGAAUUCCACAGUAUAUACACCGCUGGAUAGAGCAAGCCUCUCUCUAUAAGCUCAUACAUAUCCCGUUUUGGCAUCAAAAAUCACUCUGAAACUUAUAGUCGCCUUUGUUAAUAUAAACCGACAAAGAGGAUCAUCUUCUUUUAUUCUAAUUUCUUUCAUGUGGAUACUUUCUCUUUCAAAUAAAAUUUUUCUUGUCUUUUCAAGGCUCCAGGAACAUGAAAGUUGUACAAAAUAUGCACAAGAAAUUUUUCAAAAAGUACAAGAACUAAAAUUAUUACCGAAUGGAAGUGCGCAGCGUGCAAAAAUGAAUGUUACUAUUCGAACAAUGACUAAUGCGUUUGAUAAAGAUGUAGAGAAACUAUCAAAAGAUUUGACUUUACAUGCCAAAACUGGUUUAAUUACCGAUGGAGAAGCAAAUCGUCGACGAACAUUAAUUGAUAAUGUUCAACAAUCCCAAAAAGAAAUUAAGCAACAAGCACAGGAUUCGCUCAGUUCAGAAUGGACGAGACCAAAGACGGAUCCUCGAUCUAUUGCCGGAAUUGAAACUGAUGAAACACUACAGUUAACAAAUGAUGAAUUUUCAAAUAUGCAUUCGACUCUUCGAAAAGGAAAUGAUGAAGCAAUUGAUGCCUUACAUUCUGUUGUAAAAAGACAAAAAGAAAUGGGUAUUGCAAUGAAUAGUGAAGUUGACCGUCAUAAUGAAAUUAUUACAGUUGUUACUGAACACACAUCGUUACUUGAUUCACGUGUUAAACGAGAAACAAAUUUAAUUAAAAUAAUCGAUAGAAAAGCGACAACAACGUGGAUGUGGCUUAUUGUUGUUCUUUUACUUAUUGCAAUUAUAGUCAUUGCUGCUGUUCCAUUUUAA